UCUUUCUAGUGUUGGUGUCCAUAUCAGUGCUACAUUUAUCAGACACUUGAAGGAUUUUUCGUAAACUCAAAAUUCCUCAGUUUUCAUCAUGACAAAAUUCGCAAUACCGGAAAAGGGACCAAUUCAACUGCUUGAUGUGAAAAAACUUCAACUCGGUCAGAAAAAAAUUCCCGGAACUGUCGGUGUACCUAGUACAAUAUUGGAACCUCCAAAUGUAUACAAGAGUAGAUGGCGAUCAAUCCGGGUCAUGUACCUCACUAUGUUCCUCAGUAGUGUCUCGUUUUCUAUAUGUAUGUCAUCGUUAUGGCCCUAUCUUCAGCUGUUAGACCCGUCUGCAACUACUGACUUCUUAGGCUGGGUAGUGGCAUCAUACAGUUUGGGACAGCUAUUAGCAUCUCCUUUCUUUGGUUUUUGGGCUAAUAAACGAAAAAGGAGCCGAGAACCAUUGGUUGUCUCCCUUAUCAUCAAUAUAAUAGCGACUGUCCUGUAUGCUUAUCUGGAAAGUCUACGAUCACACAAAAGUAUAGCCCUUCUACUGUCCAGGACAUUCAUUGGCUUCGGCGCAGGUAAUGUAGCUGUAGUACGAUCCUAUGUGUCUGGAGCUACCACCACACGAGAAAGGACCGGGGCCAUGGCUAGUAUGAGUGCCUGUCAGGCUGUGGGCUUCAUAUUUGGACCAGCUAUCCAGACAGCCAUGGUGCCUGUAGGGUGGCCUGGGCCUAUCCACGUAGAUGCGUUCCAUCUCGAUCUUUACACCAUGCCUGCCUGGCUUAGCGCUAUUGUCGGUAUCGUCAACAUCAUCCUGCUGGUGGUCGUUUUUCAAGAACACAAGGUUGACAACGAUGAAGAUAUAAACUACAAUAUCCAAUCGGAAGAGCGACUACCUGACUACACACCAGAUCGUAUUGCAGUCAGCGCAUCACUCAUCCUUUUCUUUUUUGUUUUAUUCCUCUUUACUGUGUUUGAAACCAUCGCCACUCCACUGACUAUGGACAUGUUUUCCUGGACAAAGAGUGAAGCUACGCUGUAUACUGGGAUUAUCCUAGCUGUCGGGGCAGUUGUCGCUGUCUUCGUCUUUGUUGUCGUUAAAAUAAUAGUGAAAAGGAUCAACGAGCGCUACAUCCUGCUGGCUGGAUUUCUUUUCUGUUUGGUUGGCUUCUUCAUCUACCUGCCUUGGGGAAACGAGUUCCCUGAUUAUCAGGACCAAGACAUAUUGCCUGCGGCAUUACCCCCCUCAACCAUUGCGCCAAACCCAACAGGUUCGACAGAUUGGUCAACACCUUUCAUGACCACCGCAAGCCAUAACAGUUCGACAGGCGAUGAGCCUGAGAAGAGAGGCUGUCCACACUCCUACAAGUGGUGUGCUUACACACCACGUAUCCCGUUACCACAGUUCCUUGUUGGCACACUCAUGAUUGUCAUUGGUUACCCGAUCUGCAACCUUAUGAUCUACACCAUCUUCUCAAAAGUUCUGGGACCAAAACCACAGGGAGUGAUGAUGGGACUACUCACAGGUUCUGGAAGCCUGGCACGAACCCUAGGACCAGUGUUUGUAAGUCAGGUGUACAACGCUUAUGGACCCAGAGUAACGUUCUCUGCAACGUGUGGGAUAGUAUUCGUGUCUUUAUGUGGAUGCAUAUCAGUAUUCAAAAAACUUAUACCAUUCAGAUAUCAAAGAGAAAAUAACAUAUAAAAAUGUUAUAUCACAGAAAUCCACUCGUAUAUGUCCCCAACUACAACACACGAACUAUUUAUUUUGCGAUAUUAGUGAUCUGUCGUAACUCUGUGUGCAGUCCCACUUCAUUGUGUAAGUCUUCUGUGUCGUUCGAGUCUUUGUCUAUAUUGAUUUACACCCGAAGAUGUCAAAACCAAAUCUCCUAGAGGAGAUAAUCUUUGAAAACAGGAAUUCGUUUUAGACUUUUAUCUCUAUUACAGUUAUAUGAAAAUAAAUGAUAUAAAACAAUGACACGAAGCUUAAUCAUUAAAGUUAUUAUAUAGAUACGAUCUUCAAAGAGGCGAACUCUCGCAAGCAUGAUUUUUACUCUAUUAUAACGUUCUCCUUUCAAAUGAAUUCGUUCUUCGAUUAUUUUCACCAGCUAUACUUAGUUAAUAAAUAAAUAGACCAAUAGAUUAUUGAUUUACAAAACUGAUCUUUGUUCUUAGAAAUUCAAAUAUCUACAACUUUUCAUAUAUCAGCUCUUUUCCUUUUUGUUAACAGUUUAUGGUCUGACGGAAUUCCUCAUCAAGUGUCAACAUGUUCAUACUAUAUUAUUUUUGAAUUAAUACUCUACUAUUUAUAUCAUAACCACAGCUGGAGUUCUUGAAUAUAGCACGUUAUGCGUUUCAUGUUAUCAGUGUUAUAUUUGGAUUCGCAAUAAUUUCGUAUCAGAAAUGAGAAGUUAUCUACUGAACGAGGUAUUUGUAGUUUAUAAUGAAAAUUUCGUGAUUUGUUUUCUAAAUUAUACACCAAUGCUAACAAGAAUUACAUGUAAUUAUGCAUCUCGCCGCUUCAUCAGUAAAGUUUAAGCUAACUCCAAAAUUCACUAAACAAAAGCAACAAAAAAAUCUGUAUUUGAUAUUAAGGAAGCACCCUGUAUAUACAGAUAUGUAUAAAUAAUGAUUUAUUUCAAAACAAAUAACAAAUUUCGCAAACUCUUUAAUUCUCAAAACUGUUGUCAUGUUCGUCCCGAAAAUAAAUUACACUUCCUGAAACGUGAGAAGAAAAUACAUCUGAUCAUCAAAAUAUACAGCAACAAAAAUUGAAUUCUUUUAAUGUAUUGGGUGUGUUGGGAUGUCGAUACUACAAUGCAACAAUAUUCCGAAUUUGGUUGAAAUAACAUAUUUUUGUUGGGUACCAAUCAUCCCUAAUUGCCAGAGUCAUAGGACUAAAAAUUCUUUACUUUCCUUAAAAGAAUGUUGGGUUGAGGCGUCUACUUACAUGUACCACGUUUGGUUAAAGUUAAACUUAUACUUUUUAAACAAAAUUAUAAGUUCUUUAAAGAUAUCUUCUCUCUCGAGCUAGACUCUAAGGUAUGUCAUAGGAAUCGUCUCGGGUUUUGAUUAUGAGAUGUAUUGAAAAUGAUAUGUACAUUAUGUAGGUAAUGAAAUAGUAAACAAACAAAUAAAAUUUAAAUAUCUACUUAAGCUUUGAAUAGUUGAAGUUUCUUAUUUUUCAGUCUUAAGUAAAUGUAUCAUUUCAUGGGUAUACUAACUCAUUUGCAAGAGGUAUACCAAUUAUAUAUUUGUUUAAAUCUACGAAUGUUUUUGAUAAGAAAGACAAUCUUUAUCACAAAAAAUAUAUAGUCUUCGAAGUUUUAAACAAUAUGGAUUUUUACAGUUUUCCCAAUAUUUCAAACAAAGGGGUUGAUUUCAGAUUUGCUUCAUAUGAAAUUCUUUGCUCUUUUACAAGCGUUUGUAAUAUUGAAAAUUAAUCAGGUUCUGGUUACAAAGCUGCGCAAGUUUUUCAAUUUCAAAAAGAAAUGUUGACGAACGAACUUGUGAUAUGUUGUGAUAGAUAUUAUGUUUCCCCUGUAGUUUUAUGCUAUUUUUUGACUAAAGUAUAUGGUCACUUUUAUUUAUUUUUUCUCUUUGUGUUACCAUUAUGAUGUGAUUAUAUAUUUUCAUUUAUAAUCAAUGUAUUUUAAAAUACUUUGGUGUAUUAUGAAUGAAUAAUGACAGGGAAUAUCCAUAUUUUAUAUUUGUAGAGAGCGUUCAUCUCUAGAAUAUCUAGUCAACCAAUUGUGCUGAUUAAAACGAAUCAGUUAAUUUUGCGAUGUCCUAUAUCGACCUCAAUUUCCAAGCAUUGAUACUUGGUAUUUUGUCAGGUAUAUACAAAUGAUCACAUGGCAUUAAAUAUGAAUAUAUUGAG